AUGGGUUCUCUGCUCCAAUUUCCAGACCUUAAUCUUGCCCCAUCUCCAUCCUCAUCCUUAACCACCACCACCGCCCCCGCCGCCGCAUCCACCAGCUCCAACACCAUAGCCACCACUCAGUCCAUGACGGAGGCAGCCGCAGCUUUGCUAGUGCCAAAAAUCGAACCUAAGCUUGAACCAUUUGAUGUUGAAACCCCUUUCCACCAGCAACAACCGCAAUACCCCACCAGCAGCACCCAGGAUCUUUUCUUUACCAGUUCUACCCCUAAUUAUUUCUCUAAUUCCCAAUUAACUCCUCCUCUCUCCCAAUCGACCGACGACGACAAUGCCAAUAAUCUCUACUCCGAAUACAACAGAAUCUCCGAGCUCUUUCGCACAGCUUUUGCUAAAAGCUUGCAAGAUCAAUACGGCGACGUUUCCAUCGUUUCGGACCCCGAUUCCCGCGCUAUCGUCCCUGUUAAUGAAGGUGACAAUAAUAAUGCUCUCUCCACCGUAGUGGUUUCGCGGCGUCCGAAGUAUCCGCAGCGGUCUUCGGAGCUCGUGCGUGUCACGGACCUCGGAAUAGAGGACCAGAGGUAUUUUCGUGACUUGGUCCGCCGGACACGAAUGAUCUACGACUCCCUUCGAAUCUUAUCUGUCUUGGAGGAGGAGAAGCGACGGGGAGAACGCCUAGGCCGCCGUGCACGUGGAGAUCUCCGUGCUGCCUCUGCAAUGAGGGAUUGUGGGCUGUGGCUUAACCGGGAUAAGCGGAUUGUGGGGUCCAUUCCUGGUGUUCAAAUUGGAGAUGUUUUCUUUUUUAGAAUGGAACUGUGUGUCAUGGGAUUGCACGGACAAGCUCAGGCUGGAAUUGAUUAUCUUCCAGCGAGCCAGAGUUCGAAUAGGGAGCCUAUUGCUACUAGCAUUAUCGUUUCUGGUGGUUAUGAGGACGAUGAGGAUGCUGGAGAUGUAAUUAUUUACACCGGACAUGGCGGGCAGGACAAGUUGAACAGGCAAUGCGAGCACCAAAAGCUGGAAGGAGGGAAUUUGGCCAUGGAGAGGAGUAUGCAUUAUGGGAUUGAGGUAAGAGUGAUUAGAGGGAUUAAACAUGAAGGUAGUGUUAGUAGUAAGGUUUAUGUAUAUGAUGGGUUGUAUAGGAUUCUUGAUUGCUGGUUUGAUGUUGGGAAAUCAGGGUUUGGUGUUUAUAAGUAUAGGCUACAGAGGAUAGAUGGCCAACCAGAAAUGGGUAGUUCGAUCUUGAAGUUUGCUGAGAGUUUGAGGACUAAGCCAUUGAGUGUGAGGCCUAGAGGAUAUUUGAGUCUUGAUAUUUCGAAUAAGAAGGAGAAUAUGCCAGUUUUUUUGUUUAAUGAUAUUGACAAUGAUCAUGAUCCUUUGUGUUAUCAAUAUCUUGAACGUACUGUUUUUCCAGUCUUUUUGUUUACUAAUGGAAGUAAUGGAACUGGAUGUGAUUGUGUUUCGGGAUGCAGUGAUGGUUGUUUUUGUGCAAUGAAGAAUGGAGGUGAGUUUGCGUAUGAUGAGAAUGGGUUUCUGUUGAGGGGGAAGCCGGUGGUAUUUGAAUGCGGGGUUUCUUGUAGGUGUCCGCCAACCUGUCGGAAUAGGGUAACGCAAAGGGGAUUGAAAAAUAGAUUGGAAGUGUUUAGGUCAAGGGAAACAGGCUGGGGAGUUAGGUCAUUGGAUGUGAUCCAUGCUGGUGCUUUUAUAUGUGAGUAUGCAGGGGUUGUCCUAACUAGAGAGCAAUCCCAGAUUUUCACUAUGAAUGGUAGUGGUUUGGUUUAUCCAAAUAGGUUUUCUGCUAGAUGGGCUGAAUGGGGGGAUUUAUCUCAGAUCUAUCAAAAUUACAUCCGUCCAUCAUAUCCUGAGAUUCCACCGUUGGAUUUUGCAAUGGAUGUGUCAAAAAUGAGGAAUGUUGCAUGUUAUAUGAGCCAUAGUUCAACCCCAAACGUGCUGGUGCAGUUUGUGUUGUACGAUCACAAUAAUUUGAUGUUCCCUCACAUCAUGCUUUUUGCAAUGGAGAAUAUCCCGCCUUUGAGGGAGUUAAGCCUUGAUUAUGGGGUGGCUGAUGACUGGACGGGGAAGCUUGCUAUCUGCAACUAA